AUGGUCGCUCAUUUAGACCGGCGAGACGUCGAGGGAGCUGCCGAAGUAGGCAACGAUACUCAAGUCUUAAUCAAGCCUGAAAAGGAAGAGGAGGAGUCUGCCGAGAAGAAGAAUGGUACAAGUGGUUUCCUGGUAUGUCUGGCCGGAAAGAUGAGGACUGAAUGCGUACCGGUACGAGUGAUGGCUGACGAGCUGGGACGAUUUACCUGGCAGAGAGUGUUCACCUUCGGCAAUCCCAAACUCUACGUCCUUGAAUGUAUUGCUUUCGUUGCUGCUAUUACGUCGGGCGUUGCUGUCGCGAUGGUCAACCUGGUUAUGGGAAACUUCUUGACACUGCUGAGCGACUUCAGCUUCUCCGACAUGACCUCAAUGCCAGGAGACUUCAUGGCAGCGGUGCGGACGUCGGCCCUGUACUUUGUUUACAUAGGUAUCGCCCGCCUCGUAUCUACCUACAUCUACGCCUCUCUCUUCACCUACGUCGCGUACCACUUGACCCGUAAUGUCCGACAAAGCUAUCUACGGGCUGCCUUGAGCCAAGAAAUUGCAUACUAUGACCGGGGCGUCGCCGGCUCCAUAUCUCAACAAGCGACCACGAACGGCAAGCUCAUCCAGUCCGGCAUCGCAGAGAAACUCGGCAUCGUCAUCCAAGCCAUUGCCACCUUCGUGGCAGCAUUCAUCAUCGCAUUUGUCACACAAUGGAAGCUGACGUUGAUUCUUAUCUUUAUUGUGCCCAUUCUGCUCAUUGUGCUCGGCACGGCCAGUGGCCUUGACGCCAUCAUCGAGACUAAGAUCUUGCAGAUCUACGCUCAAGCCGGUAGCUAUGCCGAGAGCGUCCUGGGAGGGGUCCGGACCCUGCAGGCAUUCAGCCUUCAACCAAGGGUGGUAGCCAAGUACGACUCGUACCUCCAGCAUGCGUACACCCAAGGAAUGAGAAAGAAUAAGCUAUACGGCAUCGUCUUCGGAGGACAGUAUUUUGUCGUCUACGCUGGCAUGGGCCUGGCCUUCUGGCAGGGUAUCGCCAUGUUCGACCGCGGCGAGAUAUCCGAUCUAGGAACCGUCUUUACUGUUCUCUUUUCCAUCAUCAUGGCUGCAAAUACGGUCAUGCAAGUAGCACCGCACAUGGUCACCUUCAGUCGCGCGGCAACUGCAGCUUCGGAGCUAUUUGUUCUCAUCGAUAGACAAUCGGAGAUCAACCCCUUCGACGAAUGCGGAUACCAACCUGAAGUGACUGCCGGCUGUAUUGAUUUGCACAAUGUCAGCUUCAGCUAUCCUACGCGUCCAGAUGUCCCUGUCUUAGAGGACUUCAGCUUGAAUAUCCCCGCAGGCAAGGUCACAGCAUUGGUGGGACCAUCUGGCUCAGGAAAGAGCACAAUCAUUGGCUUACUCGAACGGUGGUAUAACCCCCGCACUGGAAGCAUCUCCUUGGAUGGCAAAGACAUCAGUCAGCUCAACCUCAAGUGGCUACGGACCAACAUCCGUCUAGUGCAACAGGCAAGGCACCUAAAGGAACCGGUGCUCUUCAACACUAGCGUGUUUGAGAACAUCGCCAACGGCCUCAUCGGCACCCAAUGGGAGGCUGCAUCGCAAGAGGAGCAGAUGCAGCGCGUCCAAGAGGCCGCGAAGCUCGCCUUCGCGCACGAGUUCAUCCAGACCCUGCCACAAGGCUACCACACGCGCAUCGGCGAGAGAGGUGGCCUGCUCUCGGGGGGACAGAAGCAGCGGAUCGCCAUUGCCCGCAGUGUGAUCUCGGAGCCCAAAAUCCUACUACUCGACGAAGCAACCAGCGCGUUAGACCCGCACGCCGAGGUGAUUGUGCAGAAGGCCCUCGAAAACGCCUCCAAGAAUCGCACGACCAUUGUCAUCGCCCACAAGCUCGCGACCAUCCGCAACGCAGAUAACAUCGUCGUCAUCUCUAAGGGUAAUAUCAUCGAGCAAGGGCGGCACGAAGACCUGGUAUCCAGGAACGGCGUCUACGCCUCUCUCGUCAAGGCCCAAGACCUAGCUCCGGCCAACAUCGAGAUCGGCCACGACCUGGGGAGUACCAGGACUUCUGAUGAGGUUUCGGAAAAGAAAAACUAUCAUGUCGGUCGCAUGCAAUCUCUUGGCAGGAUUCGGACAGCCGAGGCGCAACAAUUGGCAGCAUUAAGGAACCGAGAAGAGUACGACUUGUCCAAGAAGACGGACAUUAUCCACAAUAUUUGGAAGCUUCUGAAAGGGACGCAGGAUAUCUGGCUUUGGUUCGCGGUCACAAUAGCCACGUGUAUCGGGGGAGCCGCCGUCAACCCUGGACAGGCCCUCUUGCUAGGCAAUAUCAUGAGCGUCUUUACUUCGUCGAACGUCGUAACUCGCGGUAAUUUCAUCUCCCUAAUGUUCUUCGUCAUGUCGCUCGGCAUUCUCGUCAUAUACUUCGUCAUGGGCUGGUCGACCAAUACUAUCGCACAGAGACUCAACAGGAAGAUGCGACGUGAAAUUAUGGAAUCCUUCCUCCGGCAGGACCUCCAGUUUUUCGACCGAGCUGACAAUACGAUCGGUGCGCUCAUCGGCCGCCUUGAUUCAUACCCGCAAGCCAUCCUGGAGUUGAUGGGCUUUACCGUCGCCAUCAUCCUCAUGUCCGUGUUGAACAUCGCCGCGUCUAGCAUCCUCGCAAUCGUAGUGUCUUGGAAACUUGGGCUAGUUGGUGUCUUCGUCGGCCUGCCGCCUAUGAUGCUAGGCGGCUAUGCGCGUGUUAGGCUCGAGGCUAAGAUGGACGACGAAAUAGACCAGAGAUUGUCGGCGAGCGCUUCGGUGGCUUCGGAGACAGUCAUGGCGAUCCGCACCGUCUCUUCGCUUGCCAUCGAGAACACCGUGCUGAGGAAGUACGUCUACGAGCUCGACCUCGCGAUAUCUCAUACAAGCAGGCCCAUGUUCUACAUGAUGACCUGGUUCUCUCUCACACAGUCUGUCGAGUAUUUCGUCCUGGCCUUGGGGUUCUGGUGGGGAUCGAAGCUAAUCAACGACGGGGAAAUCAGCUUGUACCAGUUCAUCGUAUCAUUCAUGGGUGUUUACUUCUCUGGCCAAGCCACCGCGUUGGCUUUCAGUUUCGCCAGUAGCUUAACCAAGGCGAAUCAAGCUGCCAACUACUACUUAUGGCUCAAGGGGCUUGACGGAACUAUCCGUGAAACUGAUGACAACCGCAAAGAGGGACCUAAGCAUAGAUGUCGCUCCUACGACCUCCACGAUGUGCAGUUCUCGUACCCUCUGGCGCCUGAGAACCGGGUUCUCAAGGGCGUGUCUCUGUCGAUUCAACGGGGUGAGUUUGUGGCAUUCGUAGGUGCAUCAGGCUGCGGAAAGAGCACUAUGGUCUCACUUUUAGAGCGCUUCUACGACCCGACAAGCGGCGCCAUCACUAUUGACUCGUCUGCACCCUUGUCGUUCAUCAACCCUCUUCUGUACCGCAAGCAUGUGGCCCUGGUGCAGCAAGAGCCGACGCUCUUCCCAGGCACGAUCCGUGACAAUAUCUCGCAGGGCAUGCCGGACCUCGGCGUAACGGAAGCGGCGUCGGACGAGGCGCUGGAGGAGGCCUGCCGGGCGGCCAACGCAUGGGACUUUGUAUCCUCGCUGCCCGACGGCCUUAAUACGCCGUGUGGGACCAGCGGUAGCCAGCUUUCCGGGGGUCAGCGGCAGCGCAUCGCCAUUGCUCGAGCGCUGAUACGCAAGCCCAGCGUGGUCCUGCUCGAUGAAGCAACAAGUGCGCUUGACACCGAGUCGGAGAAACUCGUCCAGGGCGCUCUGUUGGAGGCUGCGUUGUCCAACGAUCGUAUCACCAUCGCGGUGGCGCACCGCCUUUCGACGGUCCGCGACGCUAACUGCAUCUUCGUCUUCUACGCAGGCAAUAUUGUGGAGGUCGGGACGCACAGCGAGUUGGUCGCAAAGGGAGGGAUGUAUGCCAAGAUGUGCGAGGCUCAGAGACUUGACGGCGCUGCAUGA